AUAAAAGAGUGCUCAAGUUUGAUAUCAUUACUAAAUAAAUUGGACAACUUCACAUCUUUAACUACCUUAAAUAUAAAAGGGUGCUCAAGCUUGACAUCAUUGCCAAAUGAAUUGGACAACCUCAUAUCUUUGACUACCUUGGAUAUGGAUGGAUGCUCAAGCUUGACAUCAUUGCCAUUAGGUAACCUCACAUCUUUGACUACCUUAUAUAUGGAUGAGUUCGAAAGCUUGAUAUCAUUUUUAAAUGAAUUAAGAAAACUUACAUCUUUGAGUAACUAUAACAUGAAAAAUUGUUCAAGCUUUAUAACAUUACCGAAUGUGGUAGGUAAUGACACAUCUUUGAGUACCUUAAAUAUAGAAGAAUGCUCAAGCUUGGCAUUAUUACCAAAUAAAUUAGGCAACCUCACAUCUUUGACUACCUUGAGUAUAUGUAAUUUUUCAAGUUUGACAUUGUUGCCAAAUGAACUCGGCAUCCUCAUAUCUUUGACUAUUGUGAGUAUAAGUGCUUAAAGUUGACAUCAUUGCCAAAUGAAUUAGGCAACCUCAUAUCUUUGACUUGCUUUGAUAUAGAGGAGUGCCUAAGUUUGAUUUUUUUAUCAAAUGAAAUAUUUAAUGUAUUUUUAAUAAGAUUCCUUUUAAAAUUGGUUUAAAAUCAAUAUAUAAUACACUCACAAGUUAGUGAGAUUUAUAAUUAAGUCUAAAUAAAUUAUUUUCAAAAAAAAAUAGUAUAAAUGAACCAGUAAUUCAAAGAAGAUUAAAUUUAGAUCAUACCAAAGAAAUAUAAAGAAAUAA